CUCAACGGCGCAUCUCGUCUCUGACGGUUCUCCUCCCGACGGAUCUCCUCCCGAGACAUCUCCUCCCGACUCUGGAUCUCUCGACGGAUCUCUCGACCUUUCUCUCGGCGGUUCUCUCGACUGUUCUGUCGACGGAUCUGUUGACGGUUCUGUCGACGGUUCUCCUCUCUCAUCAACAUCGUAUUCCGCAAUUCGAAGGUGAAAGGGUAGGUCUUCCUCCUCCGUAUGAUUUGCAUGUAUUUGGUUCUCGUUUUCGAUCUACCUUGUUGGGAUUUGCAUGUAAUUAUUUUUUUCGGUUUUGUAUUUGUGUGAUUGAAAACGUUUGUGUGUCUAUGCAUUGGGAGUGGAAGAAUUGCCCAGCAUCUUGGAAAGGAAUGUAUUCCCGAGGAACCGGAAAACCAACAAUUGUGUUGGAGGCGGUAGCUUCAUACGACCUCUGGAUAUGGCACGCGUUUUUUGGAACUCCAGGUACAAUGAACGAUCUUAACAUUCUUGAUCGAUCACCUGUUUUUGAUGACAUUAUUAACGGAGUUGCGCCAGAAGUAAACUUCUAUGUGAAUGGUAACCCGUACCAUUUGGCAUAUUAUCUCACGGAUGGCAUUUAUCCGAACUGGGCGACUUUUAUUCAGUCUAUCCGACUCCCACAGAGUGACAAGCAUUCAUUAUUUGCUAAAAACCAAGAAGCUGUGCGAAAGGAUGUGGAGCGUGCCUUUGGAGUGCUGCAAGCUAGGUUUGCGGUCGUAAGAAACCCCUCUAAUUUAUGGGAUAAGGGAAAAAUUGGGAAUAUUAUGAGAGCAUGUAUCAUCCUCCAUAAUAUGAUUGUUGAGGAUGAACGAUCAUCGGCCACUCAGUAUGCGGUCGAUGAAUUACAAGAAAGAGGAGACGUGGAUACAUUUUCCGUCAAUAUGGCUUCAAAUCUCGGCAAUUCGAUUGAUCGUCGAACAAGCGUUCGGAAUAGACAAGCUCAUCAGAAUUUAAAAAACGAUUUGAUUGAAAAUAUAUAGACUAAAUUUGGACAUCUUCCAAAUAACAUAUAAUUUAUAAAAGUUUAUUGAAUUGAAUAAAAUGUUUGUUUCCUU